AUGAGCGACACUCAAGACUUGGCCACUUUGCCCCCGGUUGCCACCCAGGUGAAGCUGGGGGGCUGGAGCCGUCCAGGUGGGGGGAGUGGGUCUGUCCAUCAGCGCCCGCACCAGGAGCUCCAGGCCUUUCUCAACCUGCUGGAGCACAGCUUCCUCCAGGAAUUCCUUUCCAAAGAUUCCUGUUUCCAGAUUUCAGAUAAGUAUCUUCUGGCCAUGGUGCUGGUCUACUUCCGGCGCGCCAACCUGAAGCUCCACGAGUACACCCACAGCAACUUGUUCCUGGCUCUGUUUCUCGCCAAUGACAUGGAGGAGGAUGUGGAGGACCCCAAAUGUGUGAUUUUUCUGUGGGCCCUGGGAAAAGACUGGCAUCUCCGGGUGGCGGAUUUCCUGCAUCAAAGGGAUAAGCUGUGGGCCCGGAUGGGCUUCCGGGCCAUGGUGAGCCGUGAGUGCUGUGAGGAGGUCAUGGCCAAGGAGCCGUCCCACUGGGCUUGGACUCGAGAGCGGCACCCCCAGCACGGUGGGGCUCAGAGGGGUCCAAAGGCCCAGGUCCUUCUUCCUGGGCCCCCCAGCCCCUCGCCACCUCCCUGUUCCCUCCAUGGCCAGCCCCCUUCCCACAGCCAGUGCUGCCACCAGCCCCACCCGGUGCCUGUCUUAUCCAAGUGCCCUUCCCCAAACCCUGAGUGGCAUUGCCCUCCCCUCCAAGCUUGUCUCUCAGUGGCUGAAAACCCCUUGGCGGGGGGCUUCCUCAUCAUCCCGCCCCCCCAACUACAGCUGGAGCCGGGCACCUACACUCUCCACAUCCUCCCGAAGCCUCCACCAUGCCCUGGGUGCUGA